GCAAUAUUUCCAGCUAUACAAGCAAAUAUACAAAUUUCUGACCUAAAUUUUUUUGUUGGGACAACACAUUAUAUAAAUGUGUUAUGUUUUUUAACUUUUAACGUAAGCGCCAUGGUUGGUAGCUUUCUACCGAGAUAUUUUACUUAUCCAAAACCAAGAUUUCUAUGGAUUCCAGUAACUCUACGGCUCCUGUAUAUACCAUUCUUUUUAUUAUGUAACUAUCAGUUAAGUGAUAGGGAAAGGAUUUUGCCCGUUUUGAUAAGCAGUGAUUGGGCAUAUUGGAUCGUUGGAAUUACAAUGGGUUUGACGAGUGGAUAUUUCAGCUCCUUAGGGAUGAUGUAUGCCCCCAGGACGGUGGAACCUCAAUAUGCAGCUACAGCAGGUAUGUUUGGGGCAGCUGCCCUUAUAACAGGUAUAUUUUCGGGAGUUUUACUGUCGUUCGUAUGGCCUUGGUUGAUACAGCAUGUGGGCUUCUAACACAACUGUCUAGUGUAUGGCGAGGAAACUUCCUUUCAAAUACGAUUUUAAUUUAUAAUCUACGACAAAUAAUUUCGA